UUUGGUUACGGACAGCGAAGUACGUGGGAUAUGAUGCUUGCAGGAGAUGAAGGCUUGGCAUUCGUGUUUGUAUAUUCGAGUGAAAGUUUGUUUAGAAAAGUGUAGCGUUUGAUUGCUGGAGUAGUGAGUAAUGUCAUAGUGAAUGAGGGCGGCUGUUAAUUGUAUAUCUAGAAUGACAGGACCCCCGAAGUGUAGAUCUUCGAUAGAAAGUAAAUUUAGCUAGUAGAAUGGAUGAUGAAGAAAGGCAAAGAAAAGUGGACAUCGGAAGAGAGAAGUUUGCCGCAUUUUUGAAGAAGAAACAAGCUUCAAAUGCUAAGAACAAGUCGAAAAAUUUGGAAAAUGUGGGUGAAAAGGCAGAGAAAGAAAAGAAAGAGACUUCUGGAGAGCUUUCAGAGCAGUCAAUAGCUGAAAGUUUUCCUAUGGAUGAACUUGAGAGAGGUGAGGAAAGUGGUGCCUGCAAGCAAAACACGCCCACAGAUAUAAAUUAUGGAACUCCAGACAAUGUGAAUGAUUCACAUGUUUUAAAUAGGUUACAGACACACAUAAGAGAAUUGGAGGAAAUAGUUGAAGGUAAAGAUGCAGCACUAGAAGCAGUCCGACUUCAGCUUGAUUCACAGAAUGAAUCCCAGCCAACAGAAGAUAUGUGCAAAACAUGUUCUGAGUAUGGAGAAACUGAAAAUCAUAUCCAAGUGGAGGAAUACCAUAAGAAGAUGCUUGAGUUCAAGGCUGCAUUGGAACAGAGGGAUAAUAUUGUGCAGAAAUUGUCAGAUUCACUAAAAGAUGCACUAAGAAGCCGUGAUGAGUUACAGUUAAAAGGAGAACAUCUAGCUCUUGAAGUAGCAUCAUUAAAUCACCAGCUUCAGUCUACAAAGGAACUUAUACAGUAUCAGCAAUGGAACACAGGAAUCAAACCUGAUGAUUAUAUUCUACUAAAAAAUGAGAAAUGUGGAUUAGAAAUUGCAGUUCAAAUGAAAGAUGCAAUAAUAAAGGAAUUAAAUAAAAACAUUGUGGAAAAAGAUGAUGCUCUGAAAGCAAAAGAGGUGGAAUUGCAAAGGAAAUGCAUGGAAUUAACAGAAGAAAAAAGAAGAGCAGCAGAAGAGAUCAGAAGUUUAAUGCACAGCAUUGAAGAGGAACAUAAAGCUAAGACAUCAGCAUUACACAGCUUACAGAGUCAGAAGGAAAGUCAUGAAGCAGCUUUGUCUAAGUUGAGAAUAAACAUGGAAGAAAAUUUUGGCCUACAACUUGUUCAAAUCAAAGACGAGCUGAGGAUGCAGUUUGAAAAGGAAAAACAGAUACUUCUUCAGAGUUCUGCCGAGUCUAAGAAUUUGAAUAGUGGUGUUGAACACACAGAUGAAACAGAAUUUGAGAAGCUAGCCAGAGAAAAUUAUAUAACAAGAAAAGAAGUAAAUGAUGAUGAUCUUCAGUUCACAGCAAAUAAAGAAAAGACUGAAUCUCUGAGUUCUAGUGAUCAUUCAUUGCCUGCAUCACUGGUGUUGGAUAACAGAAAUGAUGAACAGUUUAAUAAACUAAUAGUUGGAGUAAAUGGGGGAGAUCCUUCUCCUGGUGACGUGCCAGUAGUAAGUUUCACACCUUGUAGAAUUGAGCAAGAACAUGUAGAUGAAUCAGUGAUAGAUGUAUGUGAAACUCACAUCAGUUCUACAGAGGCAAUAAUGAAUGAGAACAAUAUUUUGUCAGAUAUACAAGCUUGCCAGAUGGAGCUGAGAAACCAUAAAGAAUUUUUAUUGAAGAUAAACGAUUGGUGCACAAAUGUCUUGUCCUCUGGUACUAAGUCAGUAAUUCCUCAACAUGAUCUCUCAGACCUAACAUCCCAAGGAGCUUAUUUACCGUCAGCAGUACAUAAUACAAAAAGUACUACUAUCUCGGGAAGUACAUCAAAAGGCAGCUGUGCGGAAUGUCAAGACAGUCCUGUGCAUCACACUGAAGAAAGCACAGUGGUGGAACUAGAGACUGAUCUUCACUGGGUAACCAAUGUAAAAGGGGUUGCUAUAGGUGAGGAAAUAAACAGCACUGUUCAGAUAGAAAUGCACAAACAUACUGCAGUGAACAAUGAACUAUCUGAGAAUAGUACAAAGAAUGACCAGUGCCCACAGGAUUCCCCAAGCUGGACUGUAGACCAAUUGAAAUGUGUUAAUCAUUUAAAAAAAGAAAUGUCUUCUCUCAAAAAUGAUUUGCAAGGUCUCAAUGUUGUUAACUCACAACUGGAAUCUAAUAUUUAUCGUGCAGUGAAGUUCACUCAAUUCAGUAACAUGGAAGAGUUUGCAGUUAAGCAUCUUACAGAUCAGGGACUCCUUGCAGCAAGGGAGGAAAUGGAGUCCCAGCUGAAACAUUACAUAAAAGAGUUAGAAAAAGAAUUAAGUGAAGUUAGAGUCAAACUGAGUAAAACACAGUCUGAAAACAUGAAUCUUCAAUUAAUGGUUGCAUGUGUAAACAAAAUUAACAAGAAAAUAAAAGAAGAGGGAUUUAAGGAAGUCUUAUUAAAAGAAGCUAAACAAAUUUUUCAGCAUCUUGAUGAAAUGUUCAGUAAUAAUGCACAUCUUUGUGUUGACUACAUACAGUUUAGUCAUCUGUUUCAAGAAAAUUAUAUAGAUCAGCUACUGAAACGCAUUCAACACCUGGAAAGCGCAUUGCAGCAAGUAAAUGAAGAAUCUGACACUAUAAAACAUGAAAGUGUAAAAAUGAUUACUAAAGUCACUGAAGCUAAAGAAAUGUCUGAUAAAUUACAAAAGGAAAUGAAAGCACUUAAAAAAGAUAACUACCUUCUAAGGCAAGAAAAUGACACUCUUUCUGCAGAAAAUGAACUUAAAGGAAAAGAGUUGAAUGAUUUGGAAUUGGAAUUACAAAAACUGAGAGAUGAGGUUGUUGGAUAUAAAUCACACUUAUAUUCAGCUGGAGAGGAGAGAACUUCAAAACUAUCUGCUAUGACCACUUAUGAUGAUGGUGAUGGUGAUGGUGGUGAUGAUGAUGAUGAUGAUGAUGUGGGGUUUGGCACAAGUGGCAACCAUGCUGAGAGUGUAAAUAGAUGCCUUCAGUUUUUAAAGAUGGGAGAUGAUUACAAGAAGCUUUGUAGGGAGAACAAUCAUCUUAAAAAUGAGUACCAGAAUUUGAAACUAAAAUUGCAAGAGCUAGAAGUCUCAAAAACUAUUUUGGAAGACCAAAUUAAAGUAUUAAAUGAACAAUUCAAUGAUGAAAAGCAAAAACUCGUAUCGAGUGAGACAAAUAUUCAGUCUCUUAUUGAAGAGAAAAUGGAACUGGAGAAUAAAAUCGGCUUGUUGGAAUACACAAAUACUUCUUUCAGAGAAAAAGCCAGUGAGAGCAAACAAGACACUCUUAACAGAUUGCAGAAACUUGAAGACCAGAUAUUGAAUUUCAAAUCAAGUUUAUCUGCUGAUGUGCAACUUCUGAACAAUAUUGUUGUGGAAAGUGUGAUGGACUCUUUUGGAAAAACUCAAGAAAUUAUAACUUUAAAAGAAAAGUUCUUGCUUCAGGAACACGUUAUUUCCACGCUACGUAAGGAAUUGGAACUUUUGCAAGAAAUGCAUGCCAAAAAUAUUGAUAGAUUUCACAAUGAGCUUUUUGCAAUGCAAAAAAGACUUGAUGUCAGUUGUAAUGAAACUCUCAUUAAGGAGAAUGAACUUGAAAAAAUUAGAAAAGAACUGACUUUUCAUCAGAUGUACAAAGAUAAUUUAGAAACAGAACAUAAAAGGUUUCUAGACAACAGUGAUUCAAGCAAUGAUGUUGUUUCUUCACUCAUAAAUAAUGAAGUGAAAAAAGUAGUUGAGGAACUUGGAGAUGAGAUUAUUUCCUUAAGACAAGUUAUUGAUAGAAAGUUGACUGUUAGUGAGGAAUUGCGUUGGCAGCAAAAAUGCAAAAAUUUAGAACAGUCAUUGCAACAAAUUAUUGAUACUGGCAGAAAUGUACAAGAAAAGAUGAAGAUGAUAAUGCAAAAUAAUGAACAGCUAAUUUUUGAAAAGGAGACAUUGUUGAGUACUGUUCAUAAGCAGGAGAAAUAUUUUGAACAAUUACAGGCAAUAGAAGAUUCAAAUAAAAUUGAUUCAUGGAUGUCGUCAUUGCAUUUGUAUCAAAAUGAACUUACAUCACAGUUAUCAGCUGAUCGAGAACAGAUCUUCAAUAUUUCGGAACUUCUAGGAUCAACAUGUACACUGCUUGAAACUGUUAAUGAACAGAAAGAGGAGUUAUUACUAAAACUGAAGGAUAACAAUUUAAUUGGAGAGAAACUGAAUCAAGAACAAACUGAGAAAAAGAAAUUAGAAAUAGAACUUCAGUUGCUGAAGACUGAAAUUACAGGGAGAGAGAAAAUUCAAAUGCUGUUAAAUAAUGAAAAGCAGAAACUAGAGGCUGAUCUGAAGGAUACAUGUAACUGUUUGCAGAAGGAGAAAGAGAAGUAUCAAGAACAGAAAAUGUUGUUCCAAGCAGAGAUUCGUAAUCGAGAUUUGUGCAUACAGCAGUGGCAGUUAAAGUUUCUGGAAUCACAGGUCUUAUCACAAGUUUCUGUGUCUGAUGAUGCACUUAAAUUGGUCAGGUUCAGUGACACAUUAACAUGGCACUUUUUAGAACAAGAAAAGCUUGAUUUGCUCUGUGGAAAAUUCAGAGAUGCUCUUGGAGAUGUAUUAUUGAAACUAAAACAUUUUCUCCAAGAACAGUUCUGUUCUGAAGAGGAGCUCAAAAAUAAGUUCCAGAAUGAAAAAAAUUUAGAAUCUCAAAUGGUGGAAAUGCUUCAAUAUUUUCCUUCUCCUGGUUUGAGUCUUGCAAAUAGUUUUUUCACACUUAAUUCUGAACCAUCAUCCAUCAUAGUACAUGCUGUGAAACAGUUGGAAUACAUUUUAUGUGCCUGUCAUUCAGUUAUGCUUAAGAAAUUAAUAGAUAGCUGGAGAGAGAAUGAUAAAGAAAAAAUGAACAAUAUUUCUCAAGAAAUUGAAGCAAUACAAAAGCAGGAAGAAUGUGCAAUUCAAUACUUUCAGAUGGGUACCUCUGAUAAUUUUGAUCUGUCAUCGAUACAAGAGUCACUUCAGAAUUCAUUAAAAUCUAAAGAGCUCAUCCUGGAGGAACUUAAACAUUUUUAUGACCAAAUUUCGGCCACUUCUGUUGAAAGAAUCACCAAAUUAUGCUCUUCUCUCAACAACUCAUGUGGUAAAAUUAUUAAUGAGCUUAAAAAUAUAGAGAAAUGGACAGAAGAUGGUGAAACAGUCAGACGGCUUAAAGAAGAACUGGAUAAUUUACAGAAAGAAAAGCUGGAACUUCAAAAUACACACAGGCUUGCUGUUGACUUAUUAUCACAUGAACGAGAUGUUGAAAUCUCAAAACUGCGUGACUUAAUUGCUGGAAUUAAGUGUGGAGACAUUUCAGCCUUAGAUGAUGUGAGACAGGAACUUGAAGCAAAGUACACUAAAGAAGUUGAAGAACUUCGUCGGUACUUUGAGCAGAAAGUUGCAGAAGUUGAAAAGCACUACUCUGAAGAAAUUGUCAGCCAGCACAGUCGGAAAAUGUCUGACAGUAGCUGUGAAUCAGAAAAUGACUUGGUGUCUGACAUGUAUUAUAAUGGUGGGGGAGACCAUGCAUCUCACCUUACAACACUUACCCAUAUUUGUGAUCCUUAUGUAGCUGAACCAGACUAUAGGGAGCUAGAAGAAGAUUUAGAGCUGGAUUUAGCGAAGAAGCAUAUCACAGACUAUCAGAAUCAACUGCAAACAAUCAAAGAAGAAUUAAGAAAAAAGUACUCUAAUGAGCGGGAGACAUUAAAAAAGGACUAUGAGGCUAAGGUUGAAACCUUAGUGAGGGACCUAAGUGCAUCUCAACAGACAGAAAUACAACAUUUGGAACUGAAAUACAAGGAUGAAUUACAAAAUUUAAAAUCCAGAUAUGAAACAGAAAUACAUAAUUCGAAUGCCAGAUAUGAAACUGUUUUAAUGAACAAUGCUGACAAAUUCCAAGAAGAAAUUGAUAUUCUGAAGCAAAAAUAUGCAGAAGAAAUUACUGAGUUAAGGAAAAAGUUUGAAGUAAAUGCUAGGAAAAGAACUGAAUGUCUUUUUUUGGCAGUUAAACAGUACUUUGAUAAAUUUUUCACGACAGUUAAGUCUCAGUUUGAAGAGCGGAAAAGACGUAAGAAUUCUGCACAUAGUGCCACAAAAACGAUUGAAAUGAACCAGGAAACUGCAGAUGUGCGUAGUGUGGAUAAUGACACUGAAAAGGCUGGCAACAGCAAUGAAUUGAAAUCAGAGUUUCCAGUGUGUCUGAAACUGAACUCAGAAGUAUUGGAAAGGAGUACUGAAGAAGAGGAGGGGCAUUUUGGAGAUGAAGAGAAACAGUCCGUUGCUGAUAUUUUAAAUCAGUAUGAGGCUUAUUUUACAAACUAUAGAAAAAAUCUUGAAACUGAAGUGCAAUCGCUGAUGGAUGUAUUAGAGAAAAAUGAAAGAUACCAAUGUCAGCAACUUGAAGAGAAGCACAUAAAUGAAGUUCAGUCUUUAAAGCAACAGAUAAGUGACCUAAGAAAGCAAAUGAGCAGUGUUGCAGGACAGACAGUUCAAAAUAUCAUGCAGCAGACAGAUGUGACUAUGGCUGAUCUGGCUAAUGUUCUAGAUAUUAACGGCAGUCAUCCCAGUGACACAGGGGAAGAGGUUGUCCCAGAUCACAUUGCUGCUGUUGAAUUAUUGUCACAUGAAUCCCAUAUAGCACCUGAGGUGUUCACAAAUGAACCAAAAGAAAAAUAUGAAUGUCUAAUCAGACAGCUUCAGAAUGAAAUUCAACAAAAGGAAGAUAGCCAUUCAAGAGCCAUCUGUGAAAUUAAAGAGAUGCAUGCAUGUGAAGUAGAAAAAUUGAAAAUGGCAUUUGACAGAAGACUGCAUGAUGAAGUUGAGCAAGUUAAGCAUGAAAUUAUAAAAGCCCUUGAAGAACAAAUACAGGUGCUUCUCACAUCAGAUGAUGAUACCCCAAAGCCAAAAGAACUGGUACUGCUACAAGGGAAAUUGAAUAUGUGCUAUGAAAAAGAGGUACUGGAAAUUAAAGAAAAGCAUGCAAAUGAAAUUGCAGAGAUAAAAUCUGAGUAUGAAAAAGUAAUCGAUGAGUUGAAAGCCAACAAUUUAAAAAAUACUCAUGAACUUACUGCCACCAAGAAGGUCCAAGAAACAAGUAACAUUUUGAAGAAAGAUUGUGCUGAUGCUUUCAGUCAUGAAGUCUGUGCUGAUUAUCAAGCAGUAGUAAAUGAAAGAGACAGCUUGAGAAAUAUGGCAGAGAAGUUGCGAUUCCUAGUUGAGGAACUUGUGCAGUACUUUGGUGUAUGUGAAGAGGAACUGAAUAUAGUGUUAGCUGAAAAACUGACAUCAUGGACUAAAGUAAAUGAAUUAAAGACUGCCAGCCCACAGGAGCAGCUACCAUUUGGAGAGACAAGUCAGUUGAAAACCAUUGUUGAUUUCCAAAAUACUAAUGUAUCAAUGAAUUCUUUGAGUCACACAAGAACUUCAGAGUCUUCAUAUGGGUCGAAUGAUAUCAAUGUGUCUGCUGAUAAUAGAGUGGAUUUACAUGAUGAUGAUGAUGAAAAUCCAUCGUUGCCUGUGGCACACAAUGUUUCCAGUGAACAACAAGUAAUGCGGAAAGUUCAUUUUGCGCCUAACAUCUCAAGUAUCAUUAAUAUUAAUGAUGAGAGUAGCUUUAUGCAGUUCAUUGAAGAAAAUAAGGAUUGGUCGGUUGACAUCCAUACUGAGCUUUCUAACUGCUUGAGACGUUUAAGAAAAGAAGCAUCAGCUUUGUUUGGUUUAUCAACUACGUUGCCAGAGCACUUGAAUACUGCAAACAGUAAAGCAAAGUCACUGGAAGACAAAGUAGUUGUCUUAUGUGAUGAGCUUUCAAAUGAAGCCCAAGAAAAAGAAGGCCUACUUGUGCAAAUAAACGAAUUGAUUGUAAAAAAUAAAAAUUUAAUGAAGGACUUAGAUUUGUGUAAAAUUAGAAUUGGAGAACUCGAAAGGGAAAGACAGACGAAAGAAAUUGUAUCAGAAGGAUUUGGAGAAAAUGUCCAUUCAGGUCUUACAAGACAGUUGGAAAACAUGGCAAAACUUCAAGAUAAAGCUCGUUCAGUAAUAAGUGACUCGACAGACCAGAGGAACUCUCCUUACUUGCACUUAAUUGAAGAGCUCUGUAGGGAAGGUGACAGGCUAACAGAAGAAGCACGUAAGGAAAGAGAGGAUUUGCAAUUACAGGUAGAAGCAGCAGACAAAUUGCUGCGGUCCACUCGCCAGUUUCUUGAAGAACAAGCUGCAGAACGAGAGCAGGAAAGGGAUGAGUUUAUACAAGAAAUCAAAAAAUUACAAGAGCGGCUGCACGAUAGGGAAAAAGAUAAGGAUGACUAUGAAAGAGUAGUCAAGGAGGGUGAACGGUGGGCUCCUGAGCAGCUCAGCGUAGUUCAGUCAGUUGAGGCACUGGAAGUACAACUGAAAGAAGCCCAUUUACUUCAUUCUGAGGAAACCAGUAGAAAGGAGGAGAUUGAGGGAGAAUUGAAAGCAGCUGUGGAUAAGAUUUGGGUGCUGCGAGAAAUCAUCACUGAACUGGAACAUCAAGUAGAGCAACGCAGUCAGCGAGAAACAGAACUCGAACAGCGGGUUGAAUCACUCCAGGCCAUUCUAGAGCAACAGACCCAGAACCACCAAAGAUUAGCGGAAGAGCUCGAUUCGUUGCGCAUAGACAGUGGUAGCAUUGAGCUGACACAACAUAUUAAUCGCCUAGAGGAUGAGCUACAGAAACACCGUCUCCAUGUUGAACAGCUCCAGUCAAAUUCUACUGCGAUACAAGAGAUGAAGACACAGUUACAAGAAUUGGGAGACUUUAUAGACAAAAAGACAAAAGAUCUUGAAUCUUUGUUUGUCCCAUCUUGCAGUAUUAGUUGCAGUUCACCAUCAGAGGAUGUGUCUAUAAGGGAACAGAUUGAGUCUUUGAGAUGUGACACUCCAGAUGAAGCAACUGGCAGUGAUGUUCCUCUCAUAUUACCUUUAGAUGAUCUUAACAGACUACAGGAAAAAAUGCAUCGACACUCGAAGGCUGAUGAAGUGGCUCUGAAAAGAAUCCAUGAUUUGGAAAUGCAGCUUCAGACAGUGAGAAGAAAUGGAGAGGAAAUUACUGCAGAGAGAGAUUUGCUACAGGAGAAAGUUGAGCAGCAGCUUGUAAAAAUAUCAUCAUUAGAGUCUCAGAGAGAUGAACAUCGGAGAACAGUAAAAAAUAUACAGAAGCAAGCAAGCAUUGAGCUUCAGUCCAAAAUAUAUGAUAUGGAACAAAAUCUGAGAAGUCUUAGAGAAACAGUGGAUGAAAAAGAUAGUGAGGUGAAGGAUUUGAAAACUACUCUUGAAAAUAUGAGAGAGGCUAUGUCACUACAGGAGACAGAAUGGAUGAAAAAAUUUUCGAGUGAGCAUGAAGAGUUUCUGAGUCUUCAGAUACAAACUGAAAAACUUCUCCAAGAGAAGCAACAGUUACAGGUAUCAUUGUCACAACAGUGCACAGAAAUGAGUACAUCUAUGCCAGAAUUGUUAAAUUCUGUUUUGUGUGAAAAGAAUGCUGAAAUAGAUAGCCUCGUGCAACAGUUGGCAGAACUUCGUAAGCAAGUAAAGGAUUAUGAGUCUGAAAAGCUUAUACAACGACCACAGUCUGUUAAGGAGCGGAAAGAGGCAACUGAAACUGAACAAUCCAUUGACAACCUGGAACGAAAAUUGACACUGGAGGAUGUGGAUGAAAUGAGGGCAUGUGAGGAACCAACUUUUGCCAGUCAAGCAGUUUCAUUUCAGGCCAUAUGUAAUGAAACACAAAAUACACCUAGUCUUUUCCCUGAGAGUUCAAUACAAAUGAAGCCACUUUUGAAAUCAACAUCAGACUCAAGCUUGUUAAUUGAAAUACCUAGUUCCAAUCUUAGCAUGCCUGCUACUGGAGUCUCAGAUGACAAGGUGGAUACCGUCUACACAGAUGGAAAUGGUACUGAAUCAGAUGUUACCGUUCUCAGUACAGAUUCAGAGCUAUUAUCAGUGGACAAAGAACAUAGUUUGAAACAGAAAGUGCAGGCAAAACACCUGAAGGUUAUUCUAACAGAAAAGCUGAAGCAGACUGUUAAAAAACUAAAACAAGAUUUAGAAGAAAAGAGUCAGAGGUUGUUAGAUUGUGAGCAGAAACUACAAGAUAUGUUAUCUUUGAAAGAAGAAAAGGAAGUGUUGGAAAACCAGUUAGUAACUACUAUUCAAGAUAUAACAGAUGAGAGGAAUAAAUUCCAACAAGAGAAGCAGGCAAUGAAGGAAAAUGAAUUCAAAUUAAUGUGCGAAAUUACUAAUCUUAAAACAUUGGUAGAUGAGAAACAAUCUGAAAUUAAUUACUUGAAAGGAAUCAUUAUAUCCAAAGAUGAAAUUAUAAAACAACUGGAGGAAGACAAUAAAAUGACUUUUACAUCCGUUGAUCCAGUUUCUCAAAGGACAACAGAAUCUAAGGAGUUAAGUCUGUUAUUGCAUCAGCUUAAAGAAGAACAAGAAUCUGGAAAAGCUCUAAAGGAUGAAUUAAAUCGACUUCAGGAACUGAACGGAAAAAUAGUUAAUGAGUAUAAUAGCCUUCGGAAAGAGUUGGAAAAGCAGGAUACUAAUUCUCUUGAUGACCUGACAGCAAGAGUUGAAAAGGAAUUGGAUUUGUCUGCUCGUCUUGAUUCUAGUUUGCUUGAGAAGCUGGAACCACCUGAGACAGUUUGCAGAUGUAGUGAUCCUUCUUUUACUGAAGUUGUGAGCAAAAUACUAAGGUUUGGUGCAGAAGUCCUGUCACCAGAGGAACUUUCAUAUGUGCAGCAACUUAUUCCAGCUGCAGAUAGUAUGAACGAAACUAACCAUAUUGGUAUGCGAUUAUCUACAGUUAAUAUUACUAUCCCUGCAAAUAAAUUCACAUUUCGUAACAGUUGUAGUGGAAGUACUGCAAUGCAGACAACUCAGCUGCUUGAACACAAAGUUGAACAACUUGAAGCAGCUGUGGAAUCUGGAAAGAAACAUGUUCUGCAGUUACUUGAAAGUUUGAACAAGGAAAAAGCAUGUAACUUAGAAUCUGAGAAAAAAGUAAAUGAUUUAAUGAGAGUGCAAAGAGAACAAGAAAUGGAAAUUGAGAAUCUAAAAAGACAGACAGUGUACCAUGAAGAAAGAUUGCAGCAGUUCAUUGUGCUAUUGGAGAAGGAAAGAGUGAAAGUUAGAGACUUUGAAAAUGAUCUUCACAAAGAAAAAAAUAAUGUUAGACACUUACAGUCACUUCUUGAAGCUGAACGUCAGAGGGCCAGUAUCUCCAACAGAAAAGAUUCAGAGCUUAUAGAGUCAAUGAGAAUCAAACUGGAAAACGCUCUUGACAAUGAGAUGAGACUUCGUAUACAAAUAGACCAGGCAAAAAGCAAUCAGGAAGCACUAAUGUCUCAGUUAAAAUGCCAGCAGUUGAAGACGGAAUCAGGAGUAAACUCAAGAGACACUGCUACAUUGAUUACUCUAAAGGAGAAAUGUGCUAAGCUGGAAGCCAUUGUUCGUCAAGAGCAACGUAGGAUGGUAGAAUUACAAACAGCUCUGAGUGAAGAGAGGAUGAUUUGGCAACAGAGACUGGAAUCGGAAAAAUCAUUAAUUCAUCAGUUGAGAACAGAUAUGGUUUUUGUAAAAACUCAGAAAGAAGGCCUUGAAAAGCAGCUCUUAGCUGCCCAAGAAAAAAUGAGCACUUAUCAGUUGGAAAUUGACACUCUUCGAAAAAAAUUACACUCGCUGCAAGAAAUAGAAGCAUCCUUUCAGGGCCGCUAUACUGCUGCAUGCCAGGAAGCAGAUAAAGCACGUCGUCUUUUGGAACAUGCACAUUCACAGCAGCUAGAACUGGAAAAAAAGAUAGUGACCAUGGAACAGCAGUUAUCUGCAGGCAACGGUAUUGGAUCAAAUGGAGAGGAAAUAGCUCAGUUACAACAUGAGAAUGCAGAACUACAUCGUCUGUUGAAUCUUUCACGCCUUCAUGCAUCCGAACUAAGCCGUCGGCUUCAGGCCAUGGAGUCUGGAACAGAUGUGCCCCAGCCAGUUCUCCUCAAACUUAAGAGUGUGAACACUAUACUGGAGAAACACGUGAGUGAUAAUGCAGACCUUACUCAAAGACUUACCUGUCUUUUAGAGGAGCGACAACAGUUGCAGGGUCAGAUCAAUGACAUGCAAGUUCAGUUACAGAAGAUUAAGUCACAAUUGAAGGUGAGUGAUGCAGAGAAGAGAAACUCAGAUGCAAAGCUGGUUGCUGAGAGAGCUGCAUGGACUCAAGAGCGUGCUACGUUACAACUGGCACUUUCUCAGGCAAAGGCAGAGUCUGAGAUGCCUGUGGGAGCUGAAGCAGUGAAAGAUACUGAGCAGCGAGUAAACCAUCUAUUUGGGAAGUACCUAAGAGCAGAAAGCUAUCGCAAAUCUCUUAUUUGGCAGAAAAGAUAUCUUUUAGUUGUUCUUGGGGGAUAUGAGGAUACUGAGUGCAGUACAAUCAGAAAAUUGACACAACUUGCAGAAUCCAGUGGAUGCAAGAGGAGGAGUGAAAAACAUCAAAAGACAAUUCCCAGAAUUAGUUUCAGAUCUGCAGCCUUUGCUGUAGUAGCUAUUCAUAGAAUGAAGUAUCUAGUGAGGCGAUGGAAAUAUGGACGCCUGAUAGGAGGCAACACUGUGCUGGGACGAGCUUAUAGUGAGAGCAUUAUUGGAGCAUCAUCUUAUCAUGGUCCUAGGCGAUGGGGGUCAGUGGCAUCUUCCAACAUCUGGGGAUCGACUCACAGUCAAGGGAUUCAGUCACCACCGAGCAGAGAUUCUCCUGUAUUGUCACACUGGCACCAACAAAGAGUAUCCACGCUUCCAGUUGGACUUGGAGAAGGGUCCAGUCAACUACUAGAGUACAUAGAUCGGUUUGACACAAUACAGCAGCAUUUGAGAUUGGGAACACCACGAAAAAGCUGAGCGUAUGUUGCAAAA